GCAGGAUACAUUUUUCUCCGUGAGCAAAACAGCGUUUUUUAUUGAUCACUAUCUUUUUAGUUUCGUUGUUUUCAUCUUCCUUUACAAUAUCAGCGAGGAAAGAAGUAUUUUCAUCACGAAUUUUCUCUAUUACCCCAUACUGUUGACGUUUACGCUUCUACAAUGGAAUCUAUCCGCCCUCAGCGACUUCAACCAGGGAUAGGAUUUGGAGCUGGAUCGACUGGGACCCUACGGUCCUCUCUCCGGCCCGGGGUUACAGUGCCAACCGCACCUCUACUGCCUCCCCCGGCCUCUCUAUUCGCUCCUUCCGGGCCGCCCCCGCCGCUUCAACUCCACAGUCUUCACGGCACUAUUGGGAGUGCAGGGCUCGGAACAGGGAUGGCUGGAUUCGGUCUAUGUAAUCCAGGGAACCCGGCAGUCUUGAAGGAGGCGGUGGAGGCUGUUGUUCGGAGCUUUGCGAAGCAUACGCAGGGCUAUGGCAGAGGUAACCUGGAAAAAAUUCGGCGCAGAAUUUAGGUCCUCCGAUUUUCCCUGGUAGUGGUUCAAAUGUAACCCACGGUAACUGUGAUUAAGAUAACAAAUGGGAUUAAAAUAGCCUGCAACAUGCAGAUUGUGUCACCAAAACUGACCAUCCAGUUUAUAACAGUAGGCUACAUUAACAUACUGAGUUUAUUAUAGCCUAUAUUUUUGUCAUAUCUAGCCUAAUGACUACAGGAUACAGUUGUGUGCUCAAUUUACAUAGCACUUGGGCACUCCAUUCGAAAUUUGACACUUCAAGUCACCCACAAUGCUUUAGACUUAGCCUACAUGUCAUACUAUCAUCCAAAAAACCCUAUCAAUUAAAUGUGGGUAGACCUGUUCAAUUUUCAUUAACAGAAUUAUUCUGAUGUUACAUACUCUUUAUUCAUUUUGAGUCUAUGUGGACUUUUAGAACGGUGUUGAAAGUCAACACAAUUCGGACAGCUUCAUUCAGUUCAGUGUGUGUCAGUGGGUUGUUCCUUGUUGUUUACUUAUAAAAUAAACAGGAUGUUUUUGGCUAUAUCCAUAUACACUACCAGUCAAAAGUUUGGACAUACCUACUCAUUCAAGGGUUUUUCUUUAUUUUUACUAUUUUUUACAUUGUAGAAUAAUAGUGAAGACAUCAAAACUAUGAAAUAACAUGUAGUAACCAAAAAAGUGUUAAACAAAUCAAAAUACACUACCGUUCAAAAGUUUGGAGUCACUUAGAAAUGUCCUUGUUUUCGAAAGAAAGGCAAUUUUUUUGUCCAUUAAUAUAACAUCAAAUUGAUCAGAAAUACAGUGUAGACAUUGUUAAUGUUGUAAAUGGCUAUUGUAGCUGGAAACGGCUGAUUUUUAAUGGAAUAGCUACAUAGGCGUACAGAGGCCCAUUAUCAGCAACCAUCAGUCCUGUGUUCCAAUGGCACGUUGUGUUUGCUAAUCCAAGUUCAUCAUUUUAAAAGGCUAAUUGAUCAUUAGAAAACCCUUUUGCAAUUAUGUUAGCACAGCUGAAAACUGUUGUGCUGAUUAAAGAAGCAAUAAAACUGGCCUUCUUGAGACUAGUUGAAUAUCUGGAGCAUCAGCAAUUGUGGGUUCGAUUACAGGCUCAAAAUGUCCACAAACAAAUAACUUUCUUCUGAAACUUGGCAGUCUGUUCUUGUUCUGAGAAAUGAAGGCUAUUCCAUGAGAGAAAUUGCCAAGAAACUGAAGAUCUCGUACAUAGCUGUGUACUACUCCCUUCACAGAACAGCGCAAACUGGCUCUAACCAGAAUAGAAAGAGGAGUGGGAGGCCCCGGUGCACAACUGAGCAAGAGGACAAAUACAUUAGAGUGUCUAGUUUGAGAAACCGACGCCUCACAGGUCCUCAACUGGCAGCUUCAUUAAAUAGUACCCCCAAAACACCAGUCUCAACGUCAACAGUGAAGAGGCGACUCCGGGAUGCUGACUUUCUAGGCAGAGUUGCAAAUACAAAGCCAUAUCUCAGACUGGCCAAUAAAAAGAAAAUAUUAAGAUGGGCAAAAGAACACAGAGACUGGACAGAGGAAGAUUGGAAAAUGUGUUAUGGACAGACAAAUCGAAGUUUGAAGUGUUCGGAUCACAAAGAAUAACAUUUGUGAGACGCAGACCAAAUGAAAAGAUGCUGGAGGAGUGCUGGAUGCCAUCUGUCAAGCAUGGUGGAGGCAAUGUGAUGGUCUGGGGGUGCUAUGGUGGUGGUCAAGUGGGAGAUUUGUACAGGGUAAAAGGGAUCCUGAAGAAGGAAGGCUAUCACUCCAUUUUGCAACGCCAUGCCAUACCCUGUGGAUGGUGCUUGAUUGGAGCCAAUUUCCUCCUACUUCAGAACAAUGACCCAAAGCACAGCUCCAAACUAUGCAUUAACUAUUUAGGGAAGAAGCAGUCAGCUGGUAUUCUGUCUAUAAUGGAGUGGCCAGCACAGUCACUGGAUCUCAACCCUGUUGUGCUGUUGUGGGAGCAGCUUGACCGUAUGGUACGUAAGAAGUGCCCAUCAAGCCAAUCCAAUUUGUGGGAGGUGCUUCAGGAAGCAUGGGGUGAAAUCUCUUCAGAUUACCUCAACAAAUGGACAACUAGAAUGCCAAAGGUCUGCAAGGCUAUAAUUGCUGCAAAUGGAGGAUUCUUUGACGAAAGCAAAGUUUGAAGGACACAAUUAUUAUUUCUAUUAAAAAUCAUUAUUUCUAACCUUGUCAUUAACUACAUUUCCUAUGCAUUUUGCUCUAUGUCCUAUUCAAACUCAUUUCAUGUAUGUUUUCAUGGAAAACAAGGACAUUUCUAAGUGACCCCAAACUUUUGAAUGGUAGUGUAAGUCAUAUCGCUUAGUCAGCCUUUAAGACACCAUGCAUAGGAACGUUAAACUGUGUCAUUUUAUGUCUCCUCCAGUGAACGUUAAGCUGUGUCAUUUUAUGUCUCCUCCAGUGAACGUUCAGCUGUGUCAUUUUAUGUCUCCUCCAGUGAACGUUAAGCUGUGUCAUUUUAUGUCUCCUCCAGUGAACGUUAAGCUGUGUCAUUAUAUGUCUCCUCCAGUGAACGUUAAACUGUGUCAUUUUAUGUCUCCUCCAGUGAACGUGGUGGAAGCUUUGCAAGAAUUCUGGCAGAUGAAGCAGUCAAGAGGGGCAGACCUCAGGAAUGGGGCGCUGGUGGUGUACGAGAUGGUCCCAUCAAACAACCCACCCUAUGUUUGCUACGUCAGUCUUCCAGGGGGAAGCUGCUUUGGAAGUUUCCAGGUGAGCUAACCUGUGGCCGUAGGCGUUCUCAAUAUAGUUGUUGGCACUAAAACGUUGGUUCGUGCCUCAGGUGGAAGGCUCCCUGUAUAGUAUCUCUGAGUUAGAGAAAGUGCUUGAAAGUUGUAUUUAUUAAUACCACUACAGUACAGUAUAAUAUAAUGUACAGUACAGUACAGUAUAAUGGUUUUGACAUUGUGUUGGUGUUGGUUAUCUCCUGAGUGGCGCAGUGGUCUAAGGCACUGCAUCGCAGUGCUAACUGUGCCACUAGAGAUCCUGGUUCGAAUCCAGGCUCUGUCGCAGCCGGCCGCGACCGGGAGACUCAUGGGCGGCGCACAAUUGGCCCAGCGUCGUCCAGGGUAGGGGAGGGAAUGGCCGGCAGGGAUGUAGCUCAGUUGAUAGAGCAUGGUGUUUGCAACGCCAGGGUUGUGGGUUCCAUUCCCACGGGGGGCCAGUAUAAAAAAAAAGAUGUAUUCACUAACUGUAAGUCGCUCUGGAUAAGAGCGUCUGCUAAAUGACUAAAAUGUAAAUGUUGGUGUAGCUUCAUGAAUUAGCCUAACUUCCCUAUAUGGCCAUAACAUUAAUGAUUUAUCCGACCAUACAACUCUACUCAUGCACAAACGCUCUCACCCAAAUCAAUUCUGCCAAUCUGACCUGAUCUCCUUUAGUACAUUGCCCCGGAUUUUCGGCUCAAAUGUCAAUCACUGGGAGCCUCUUCUCGACUGCCUUGAGAAAUGUCAAGUGAGAGCAAGAGAAAAAUUAGGCCUGGGUCAUGUUUAUUGGGGCACACUGUAGCAAAAUGUUGUGCAAAACAAUGUUUAUGUAGUGUCUUUGUUUGCAAACUUCUAACUGUGCACCCAUAUUCUGCUGGAAGCAUAUGACACUUAGCAGACACUUUUAUCCAAAGAGACUUACUGUACAGUGAGUGCAUACAUUUUCUGUAUGUAUAUGUGAUUCCUCUGAAUCAUGAAAAUUAGCGUUUCUUAUUAGAGAAGUCCAGGUAGUCCCUCCAAGUUUCAGUCCAUUUUCUUCCGUUUGGUGCCUUAUGAACAUGACCCGGAUGUUUCUGGGACUUACUGCUCACACUCUUCCCUUGUUUAUCUGAAUACUUCAAGAAUGUGUUAAACAAACGUCUUGAUAAAUCUGCCCUAAGCAACUAAUCAAGUUAAAAGGCAUCGUUGCAUGUUUUACAUAGUUUACAACUUGAGCAGAACAGUUGAAGUGUGUGUGUGUAUACAGUACCAAUAGAAAUGUAGAAAAUAGUAAAAAUAAAGAAAAACGCUUGAAUGAGUAGGUGUGUCCAAACCUUUGACUGGUAUUGUAUAUAUCAAGGUUUUAUUAUUAUUGGUUGGGCUUGUACACAUUCACAGCUAAUAGCUGAAUUGCAGUAUACAAAACAAAAGUACUGUUAGCUGAAGAAUAAAGAAAUGGAGAGCGAUAAGUCUCUAACUUCAGGCUGCUCUUGGUGAAUAGUAUAGUAUGUAUACUGGGAAUCCCAGAUUAAAGCAGUUUGCUGUCUCCCAUCAGGAUUACAAACCAAUAUUAUAUUCAAUAGCUAACCAUUGGCCAAUCUCAAAUAAUAAUCCCUGGAUCUGUAAAACACACCGCCACGUCAAUAACUCUAGGCUGUUGGGUCCAUCAAAAACAUGUUAGCAAGGUGUAGGACAGUGUUCUCCAACUGGCGGCCCGCGGGUGGUCUGAGUCUUGUUGAUGAUCCCUGGUGUAGAACCCUACUUGUAUUCAGGCUUAGCAUGAAAAAAAUCUAAUGAAAUUCAAGUUUAACUGAAUUCAGGAUAUAGGAAACCACAUUUGACUGUUGACAAGUUAAUUAUCUCAUCUAUGAACUUGUAUACAUAAUUGCAUACAGUACAAGCCAUAUUCCUAUCUUUGCUAAAUCAUCCACCAGUAUUAUUGAAAUAGUAAAGACUGCUUUAAUGUACAUUCUCUUUUUUUUCAAAUGUUAUUUUAAAUUCUAAAUCAUACUGUAAAUAUUAGCCAACUUGAGCAUUGUGCCUAGCAGAAUAUUCCAUGGGAGGAUGACAUGUUUUGCCAUUUCUUCCUCUCCUCGAAUUGGCUGGCUGCAAUGCAUACUGUGGUUGGAAACUCAUCUGGUGGGUGGCUCAUCUGGUUGUUAUUAGAGCCAAACAUUGAGCUUAGAAGGAGCCGUGAAACCCCUACCCACAUUCUCCCCCUCAUCCCAUUUGUACAGAGCCUCCUUUUCCUCUAUCCUUCCUAACUCUUUCUUUCUUUCUUUCUUUCUUUCUUUCUUUCUUUCUUUCUUUCUUUCUUUCUUUCUUUCUUUCUUUCUUUCUUUCUUUCUUUCUUUCUUUCUUUCUUUCUUUCUUUGAGGUAAUAGCAAUGAAGUGGAAGCAACGAUAUUACUUAGAAAAAAACAUGUCACUAUUAAAAUGCACUUCUGUAUGAUUUCCAGAAGAUCCAUACAAUAAUUUGACUUAACCAUCUUACAAAUAUGAUACUGCAUGUAUCCAUGUCUCACAGGGUCAUAACGUUAUAAUUUGUGCCAUAGGCUACAUAUAUUGUUUGGGGACCAUUCAGAAAAGUACUAAAUAUGCUUUACUUUCGGCAGUUUUGUCCAACCAAGGCUGAGGCAAGACGUAGUGCUGCCAAAAUCGCUCUGAUGAACUCGGUUUUCAACGAGCAUCCUUCCCGCCGCAUCACAGAUGACUUCAUUGAGAAGAGUGUAUGUGAGGCGCUGGCCUCCUUUAAUGUGAGUGCCUUUGAAUGUGUUUUUCAGAUAAAAUGACUGAUAUUAACAGAAGCAGUGAACACUGGUCUUUAAUAUAAUCUUUACUGUAGCUCUUAUUAAUUAAAAGGUCACGUCCUUAUGAGGGUAAGAUUUUAAUCUGAUUGGGCUCUUAAGGAGAAAAAGACUGGAUGAUUGGACUCUACUUGUCUUUUACAGGGAAACAGAGAAGAGGCAGACAACCCCAGCACAGGAAUCGGGGCGUUUCGCUUCAUGCUGGAGUCCAACAAAGGAAAGUCAAUGCUGGAGUUUCAGGUAAAUAGAGGAUGGAGGAACACAAAGUUGGAUUACUUGUAAUGAUACAGUGGAUGUAACUGCAAUGAUACUUAAGAAAAUGAAUAGGUUGGACUGUAUAUGAGGCUAGUUUAGGACUGUUACUGCCACUAACUAUGGGUAAUUACACAAAGCAGACAGAUAACUAUAUUCUCCUUUAGCUUUGUAUUUCCAGUUCAUAAAGAAAACCGGGAGUUAUUUCUGAGUGUUUAUCAAAGUUGGCUGGCUUAAUCACCUCUGCUUCAUGACAUACCAAUCUGGUUUCCCAGGUUGAAUGAAAAAAAGAAUACAGCCGAACCUGAUAAAUGCAACGGUAUAAGACUCAUGACCGCAUGAACUAAAGCAGAGCAUGCCAGUAUUGGGAGCAAAUAAAAUAAUGUACAUCAAUUGAACUGGGACUUGAGAACUGCAGCUCACUUAAACAGAGUUUGGACUCCAAAGUGCACUUAUCAGGAAUCAACUGUAGAUUUCAAGGACUAGAGUAUUAGACCCACUACAUGAAUGUGAGGACCAUCAUGCGUGAAGAAGAGAAUAGUAGCAGUAACCAUGUACAGUGCAUUCGGAAAGUAUUCAGACCCCUUGACUUUUUCCACAUUUUGUUACAUUACAGCCUUAUUCUAAAAUGGAUGAAAUUGUUAUUUUUCCUCAUCAAUCUACACACAAUACCCCAUAAUGACAAAGCAAAAACAGGUUUUUAGACAUUUUUGCAACUGUAUUAAAAAUAAAAAGCUGAAAUAUAACGUUUACAUAAGUAUUCAGACUCUUUACUCAGUACUUUGUUGAAGCACCUUUGGCAGCGAUUACAGCCUCGAGUCUUCUUGGGUAUGACGCUACAAGCUUGGCACACCUGUAUUUGAGGAGUUUCUCCCAUUCUUCUCUGCAGAUCCUCUCAAGCUCUGUCAGGUUGGAUGGGGAGCGUCACUGCACAGCUAUUUUCAGGUCUCUCAAGAGAUGUUUGAUCGGGUUCAAGUCCGGGCUCUGGCUGGGCCACUCAAGGACAUUCAGAGACUUGUGCUGAAGCCACUCCUGCCUUGUCUUGGCUGUGUGCUUAGGGUUGUUGUCCUGUUGGAAGGUGAACCUUUGCCUCAGUCUGAGGUCCUGAGUGCACUGGAGCAGGUUUUCAUCUUUCACUCGAUCCUGACUAGUCUCCCAGUUCCUGCCACUGAAAAACAUCCCCACAGCAUGAUGCUGCCACCACCAUGCUUCACCGUAGGGAUGGUGCCAGGUUUCCUCCAGACGUGACGCUUGGCAUUCAGGCCAAAGAGCUCAGUCUUGGUUUCAUCAGACCAGAGAAUCUUGUUUCUCAUGGUCUGAGAGUCCUUUAGGUGCCUUUUGGCAAACUCCAAGCGGGCUGUCAUGUGCUUCCGUCUGGCCACUACCAUAAAGGCCUGAUUAGUGGAGUGCUGCAGAGAUGGUUGUCCUUCUGGAAGAUUCUCUCAUCUCCACAGAGGAACUCUGGAGCUCCUUCAGAGUGACCAUCGUGUCCUUGGUCACCUCCCUGACCAAGGCCCUUCUCCCCGAUUGCUCAAUUUGGCCAGGCGGCCAGCUCUAGGAAGAGUCUCUGUGGUUCCAAACUUCUUCCAUUUAAGAAUGAUGGAGGCCACUGUGUUCUUGGGGACCUUCAAUGCUGCAGAAAUGUUUUGGUACCCUUCCCCAGAUCUGUGCCUUGACACAAUCCUGUCUUGGAGCUCUACAGACAAUUCCUUUGACCCCAUGGCUUGGUUUUUGCUCAGACAUGCACAUUCAACUGUGGGACCUUAUAUAGACAGGUGUGUGCCUUUCCAAAUCAUUUCCAAUCAAUUGAAUUUACCACAGGUGGACUCCAAUCAAGUUGUAGAAACAUCUCAAGGAUGAUCAAUGGAAACAGCAUAAACCUGAGCUCAAUUUCGAGUCUCAUAGCAAAGGGUCUGAAUACUUAAGUAAGGUAUUUCUGUUUUUUAUUUUUAAUAAAUGUGCUAACUUUUCUAAAAACCUGUUUUCGCUUUGUCUUUAUGGGGCACUGUGUGUAGAUUAAUGAGGGAAAAUAUUGAUUUAAUCCAUUUUAGAAUAAGGCUGUAACGUAACAAAAUGUGGGAAAAGUAAAGGGGUCUGAAUACUUUCCGAAUGCACUGUAUUCUCUGGGUUUUAAUUUUUUUUUAUUUUUUUUUAUUUAACCUUUAUUUAACCAGGUAAGCCAGUUGAGAACAAGUUCUCAUUUACAACUGCGACCUGGCCAAGAUAAAGCAAAGCAGUGCGAUAAAACCAAAAACACAGAGUUACAUAUGGGGUAAAAAAAAACAUAAAGUCAAAAAUACAACAGAAAAUAUAUAUACAGUGUGUGCAAAUGUAGCAAGUUAUGGAGGUAAGGCAAUAAAUAGGCUAUAGUGCAAAUUAAUUACAAUUAGUAUUAACACUGGAAUGCUAGAUGUGCAAGAGAUUAUGUGCAAAUAGAGAUACUGGGGUGCAAAAGAGCAAAAUAAAUAACAAUAUAGGGAUGAGGUAGUUGGCUGGGCUAAUUUCAGAUGGGCUGUGUACAGGUGCAGUGAUCGGUAAGGUGCUCUGACAACUGAUGCUUAAAGUUAGUGAGGGAGAUAAGAGUCUCCAGCUUCAGAUAUUUUUGCAGUUCGUUCCAGUCAUUGGCAGCAGAGAACUGGAAGGAAUGGCGGCCAAAGGAGGUGUUGGCUUUGGGAAUGACCAGUGAGAUAUACCUGCUGGAGCGCAGUCUACGGGUGGGUGCUGCUAUGGUGACCAAUGAGCUAAGAUAAGGCAGGGAAUUUGCCUAGCAGUGAUUUAUAGAUGGCCUGGAGCCAGUGGGUUUGACGACGAACAUGUAGUGAGGACCAGCCAACAAGAGCGUACAGGUCACAGUGGUGGGUAGUGUAUGGGGCUUUGGAGACAAAACGGAUGACACUGUGAUAGACUACAUCCAAUUUGCUGAGUAGAGUGUUGGAGGCUAUUUUGUAAAUGACAUCGCCGAAGUCAAGGAUCGGUAGGAUAGUCAGUUUUACGAGUUCUAGGAAUUGCCUAUGAGAGCAUGUGGGUCUGGCAAACAAAUUUGGACUGUAUUGCUGGCCUCCAGUCUUUCAUUGUUUGUCAUCCAUAUCCACUGAUCUAAUGCAUGGAUUGGUCUUUGCCAAACUACAGCUCAUGAUUUAGGGUUCUACACAAUGCAAACAAAUGAAUGCUAGCUGUAGACCUUUCUCCUUCUUAGCUUCCCCUAAAAAAAUCCUUAAAUCUUGCGACUUUGACAUUAAUAACUCGCUUUCUUGCGAUGACAAUCAAACUUGAAAUUGUGCUUUCUGCCAGACUGUGCUCUCCAUCAGUGCAGGCACACACAAAAAUGCUUCUUGUCGAUGCUGAACUGUGUUUUUCUUUCAGGAAUUGAUGACAGUCUUUCAGCUACUGCACUGGAAUGGAAGCCUGAAGGCCAUGAGAGAGAGACAAUGCUCCCGUCAAGUAAGAUCUCAUUUGGAUAAGAGUACUGAUUUAAAGGUCCAAUGCAGCCGUUUUUAUCUCAGUAUCAAAUUAUUUCUGGGUAACAAUUAAGUACCCUACUGUGAUUGUUUUCAAUUAAAAUGGUAAAAAAUAAACCAAAAUAGCUUCUUAGCAAAGGGCGAUUUCUCAAUCAAGAAUUUAGCUUGGACUGUCUGAGUGUGGAGGGGAAUACUGAAAAUUAUCUGUUAUUGGCAGAGAGGUUUGGAACUCUUUCUUAUUUGUCUACUAACUAGUUUACCGCUUGGUGAUGUUACCAUGGAAGGCCAAAACUCCAUCCCACAAAAACAGGCAGAAAUGUCAUGCGGUCUUUUCAAACAGCUCUUACACUAAAAGGGCAUUAUCAUCAUUGUCACAAUUUCACAGUAUUAUUCCAACCUCAUAGUGUGUAAAUAUACACUUAGUGGCCAGUUUAUUAGGUACACCACCCUGUUCACGAGAAUGGUUCGCUCCUACAGACAGUGAGUCACUUGGCCGUGGCUUGCUAUAUAAAGCAGGCAGACAGGCAUCGAGGCAUUCAAUUGCUGUUCGAUAGAAUGUUAGAAUGGGCAAAACAAGUGAUCUAAGCGACUUUGAGCGUGGUAUGAUCAUCGGUGCCAGGCACAUCGGUUCCAGUUCCUCUGAAACGUCCGGCCUCCUGGGCUUUUCAUGCACGACAGUGUCUAGGGUUUUCCCGAGAAUAGUGUGAGAAGCAAAAACAUCCAGUCAGCGGCAGUCCUGUGGGCGAAAACAGCUUGUUGAUGAGAGGUCGAAGGAGAAUGGCAAGAAUAGUGCAAGGUAACAGGUGGGCCACAAACAAAUAGUCUGGGUAGCCAAUGCAAAUAGUCAGGGUAGCCAUUUGAUUAGAUGUUCAGGAGUCUUAUGGCUUGGGGGUAGAAGCUGUUUAGAAGCCUCUUGGACCUAGACUUGGCGGUCUGGUACCACUUGCCGUGCGGUAGUAGAGAGAACAGUCUAUGGACUAGUGUGGCUGGAGUCUUUGACAAUUUUUAGGCCAUUCCUCUGACACUGCCUGGUAUAGAGGUCCUGGAUGGCAGGAAGCUUGGCCCCAGAGAUGUACUGGGCCGUACGUACUACCCUCUGUAGUGCCUUGCGGUUGGAGGCCGAGCAGUUGCCAUACCAGGCAGUGAUGCAACCAGUCAGGAUGCUCUCGAUGGUGCAGCUAUAGAACCUUUUGAGGAUCUGAGGACCCAUGCCAAAUCUUUUCAGUCUCCUUAGGGGGAAUAGGUUUUGUCGUGCCCUCUUCACAACUGUCUUGGUGUGCUUGGACAAUGUUAGUUUGUUGGUGAUUUGGACACCAAGGAACUUGAAGCUCUCAACCUGCUCCACUACAGCCCUGUCGAUGAGAAUGGGGGCGUGCUCGGUCCUCUUCUUUUUCCUGUAGUCCACAAUCAUCUCCUUUGUCUUGAUCACGUUGAGGGAGAGGUUGUUGUCCUGGCACCACACGGCCAGGUCUCUGACCUCCUCCCUAUAGGCUGUCUCGUCGUUAGGCAGGUUACCUUAGUGUUCUUGGGCACAGGGACUAUGGUGGUCUGCUUGAAACGUUGGUAUUACAGAUUCAGACAGGGAGAGGUUGAAAAUGUCAGUGAAGACACUUGUCAUUUGUCAGCGCAUGCUCGGAGUACACGUCCUGGUAAUCCUUCUGGCCCUGCGGCCAUGUGAAUGUUGACCUGUUUAAAGGUCUUGCUCACAUCGGCUACGGAGAGCGUGAUCACACAGUCGUCCGGAACAGCUGAUGCUCUCAUGCAUGUUUCAGUGUAACUUGCCUCGAAGCGAGCAUAGAAGUAAUUUAGCUCGUCUGGUAGGCUUGUGUCACUGGGCAGCUCGCGGCUGUGCUUCCCUUUGUAGUCUGUAAUAGUUUGCAAGCCCUGCCACAUCCGACGAGCGUCGGAGCCGGUGUAGUACGAUUCGAUCUUAGUCCUGUAUUGACGCUUUGCCUGUUUGAUGGUUCGUCGGAGGGCUUAGCGGGAUUUCUUAUAAGCUUCCGGGUUAGAGUCCCACUCCUUGAAAGCGGCAUCUCUACCCUUUAGCCCAGUGCGAAUGUUGCUUGUAAUCCAUGGCUUCUGGUUGGGGUAUGUACGUACAGUCACUGUGGGGACGACGUCAUCAAUGCACUUAUUGAUGAAGCCAUUGACUGAUGUGGUGUACUCCUCAAUGCCAUCGGAAGAAUCCCGGAACAUAUUCCAGUCUGUGCUAGCAAAACAGUCCUGUAGCUUAGCAUCUGCUUCAUCUGACAAUUUUUUUAUUGCCCGAGUCACUGGUGCUUCCUGCUUUAGUUUUUGCUUGUAAGCAGGAAUCAGGAGGGUAGAAUUAUGGUCAGAUUUGCCAAAUGGAGGGCGAGGGAGAGCUUUGUACGUGUCUCUGUGUGUGGAGUAAAGGUGGUCUAGAGUUUUUUCCCUCUGGUUGCACAUUUAACAUGCUGGUAGAAAUGAGGUAAAACGGAUUUAAGUUUCCCUGUAUUAAAGUCCCCGGUCACUAGAAGCGCCGCCUCUGGAUGAGCGUUUUCUUGUUUGCUUAUGGCCGUAUACAGUUCAUUAAGUGCGGUCUUAGUGCCAGCAUCGGUUUGUGGUGGUAAAUAGACAGCUACGAGGAAUAUAGAUGAAAACUCUCUUGGUAGAUAGUAUCAUGAGAUACUCUAACUCUGGUGAGCAAAACCUCAAGACUUCCUUAGAUAUCGUGCACCAGCUGUUGUUUACAAAUAUACAUAGACCGCCACCCCUUGUCUUACCAGAGGCUGCUGUUCUAUCCUGCCGAUACAGUGUAUAACCCGCCAGCUGUAUGUUAUUCAUGUCUUUGUUCAGAAACGACUCUGUGAAACAUAAGAUGUUACAGUUUUUAAUGUCCCGUUGGUAGGAUAUACAUGCCUGUAGUUCGUCCACUUUAUUAUCAAGCAAUUGUAAGUUGGCUAAUAGUAUCGAUGGCAAAGGCAGAUUAGCCACUCGUCGCCGGCUCCUUACCAGGCACCCCGAUCUCCUUCCGCAAUAUCUCCUUUUCUUUCUACUGCGAGUGACGGAGAUGAGGGCCCUGUCGGGUGUCUGGAGCAAAUCCCUCUCGUCCGACUCAAUAAAGAACAAUUAUUUGUCCAGUUCAAGGUGAGUAAUCGCUGUUCUGAUGUCCAGAAGCUCUUUUCGGUCAUAAGAGAAGGUAGCAGCAACAUCAUGUACAAAAUAAGUUAUAAACAAUGCGGAAAAAACACACAAAAUAGCACGGUUGGUUAAGAGUCCAUAAAACAGCAGCCAUCCCCUCCGGCGCCAUUAACCAUCAUGAAGUGCAUCAAGAGUCUGGUCAUGGCCCACAUCAAGGCCAGCAUGCCAGGCACACUGGACCCACUCCAAUUUGCCUACCGCUCCAACAGAUCCACGGAAGAUGCCAUUUCCAUCACAAUUCACAUGGCCGUAACACAUCUGUACAAGAGGAACACCUACUGUAUGUGAGAAUGCUGUUAAUUGACUACAGUUCAGCAUUCAACACUAUUGUUCCCUCCAAGCUUGACACUACCCUCUGCAACUGGAUCCUGGACUUCCUGACGGGCAGGCCACAGGCUGUGAAGAUUGGCAACACCUCGUCCACACUGACUCUUAAUACAGGGGCCACCCAGGAGUGUAUCAUCCGUCCUCUGCUGUACUCCCUGUUCACCCACAACUGCAUGGCUUUGUACGACACCAACUCCAUCAUCAAGUUUGCUGAUGACAUAACGGUUGUAGGCCUGAUAACCAACAUUGACGAGUCAGCCUGUAGGGAGGAGGUAAGUAAACUGUCAUUGUGGUGACACUCACCUGGUGUAAAGGAAGGAAAAUAUAACUCAAUCAUAACUUAAACUCCUCUGUUCAGUUUCAGCAACAGAAUAACUGAUCAAACUAAAGAUUUAUUGGAGAGCAAAAAACAAUAAUUUGUCUGACAGUUUCCAUUAAAUCCCUCAUACCUAUGGAGGGAUUCCGUUCCAGGCAGAGUCGGGUGACCUCAAUGUUUGUGUGCAGUCCUCAUUAUCUCAUGCAUCUUACAUACAGAAACUACAUUUAAGGCAUCAAUAUGAGCCUUGAUUAGUUUGAUAAAAGUUUGUACUUUUUUUAAACUAGAGUUUAAAGCAUUUUUCUUUAACUUCAUCUGAUCUCAAACAUAAAAAUAUUCAGGCUCUAUGCACACAACUUUUAAGAUGAAAUCCCUCACCCUUCAUGUUUGCUAAUAUAAAAAUGGCAGCUUUCUGACAUAGUUGUUGCAGUAUGGGGGUCAAUUCAGGCAACUUCCAAUUUAUGAAAUAAAUAUUAAUUCACCUCAAUAAUCACAUUUGUGCCUCAACCCUGGCUUUUGCCAAUCUACUCCAUUCAGAUCUGAAGUCGAAGAGGAGGAAGAGCAGCCAGCAACUCCACGAUUUGGAUAGAUAAGACUCAGUUGUAUUCUGUUUUUCUACGGUUACAGAGUGCUCUCGCCCUGUGUGUCCCUUGACUGAUUAGGUAUUCUCUUUGGUCUGGCGUUAUGCCUUUCAUCUCAAUGGUUAAGGAGAGGGGCUGAGCCACUGGAGUAAUUAGCUCUCCCAGACGUCUCACAUUCCUCAUGUGAAGUGACGCUAUUGCUGGCCAUGCAGCUUGCUUAUUGUGCACAAAAGUUGUGGUUCCAUGUCGUUUCAAAUCCAGGCAUUUCAGGAUCAUUCAACAUAAUCUGGAACUCAAUCAAACCUGCACUGCUAGGAAACCAGUACUAUUGAAAAAUAUAAUGAUUUAAUGGAGCACUUCCGCUUCCUACCCAGCUAGCCUGUAUUUCUAAUGAUCAUGGCCGUGGCGUGAAUAAGGUCCAUUUCGGCCUGACAAAUUUUGGUAUUUGCUUUCCCCUAACAGGAAGUGCUGGCUCACUACUCCCAUCGGGCGCUGGAUGAUGACAUGCGUACCCAAAUGGCUGCUGAUUGGGUGAACCGGGAGCAAGGCGUGGCUGGCACCAUCGCCCAGGAGGUGGCGGCAACAGAUCGAGAACUUGAGGAAGCCAGGCUGGCUGGCCGAGAGCUGCGCUUCCACAAGGAAAAGAAGGACAUCCUGAUGCUGGCUGUUGGCCAACUGGGUGCAGCCAACAAUGCCACCCUGCCUUCAACCUGCUAGGUAUACGCUGGAUUACAUCCCCAUAACUUGAUUCACUUCUAUCUUCCCACAUUGACUUCCCCCUCGUGAUUCUCAAAAGUCUGCAUAGGUGUGGAAACAUUAUAGUAACUCUGCAUAGCUUCCACCAUAUGGCUUUUACCUAUUCAGUCCGUUCGGAGUCAAGGGCAGAUGGAAGGAAGUUGGUUGUCAGUUUGGAAUCUGGCCAUAGAGAUGGAAUGAGUCACAGGGGCCAAUACCAUUGAUUGGAUAGAGGCUAUCAAGGCAGCCAUCUAGGAGCUUUGAAUGAUAAAACAGUUAGUGUUCUUAGAUAUUUUUCCAGCCCAGUGCUAAUACACCUGAUUAAGCUAAUGAAAGUCUUGACAAUAAGUUGAUUAGUUGAAUCAGAUAUGUUAGCGCUGGUUUAGAACAAAAUCUUGCAGAUGCUAUAGGUCUUCAGGACCAGGAUUGAAGAAUUCUGUUACACAAAAGUUUAAGUAAUUGAGGUCAUUUUGUGCUGCCAUAUUAUUGGGUUUGUGUUAAUCACAUGGAAUAAUGAACUGUUACCAUUCCUCUCAUUCCUUUUCUAUGCUUGUAGACAACUCUACCACAUUUGUGGAAUUAAAGCCCAGGACCUGCCUUUGCUAAUGAUUGUACAGGACAUAAUCUCAAGGAUAUUGUCACAGAAAGAUCUUACACACCAAAAUAGACCAAUGUCUGUUGCUUAAACAUGAUCUAUCGCGCUAGAUUUUCUGCAUGAAGGACUUUUGAAAGUUAUUUGAACAUGACAUAGUUUAAGCACAUACAGUUCCAGUCAAAAGUUUGGACACACCUACU